AUGGGUAAAAAAGCUAUUGAUGCUCGUAUUCCAGCAUUGAUCCGUAAUGGAGUCCAAGAGAAGCAAAGGUCUUUUUUUGUCAUUGUUGGUGACAAGGCAAAGAACCAACUCCCCAACUUGCACUACUUGAUGAUGAGUGCAGACCUUAAAAUGAACAAGUCGGUAUUGUGGGCUUACAAGAAGAAGUUGUUGGGUUUUACAUCUCACAGGCAGAAGAGAGAAGCGAAAAUCAAGAAAGAUAUCAAACGAGGUAUUAGGGAAGUAAACGAUCAGGACCCAUUCGAAGCUUUCAUUUCGAAUCAACAUAUACGAUACGUCUACUAUAAGGAGACAGAUAAGAUAUUGGGUAACACUUAUGGAAUGUGUAUACUUCAAGAUUUCGAAGCAAUGACACCGAACUUGUUAGCAAGAACAAUCGAGACCGUUGAAGGAGGUGGGUUAGUGGUGAUAUUGUUGAAAAAUAUGACUUCUUUGAAACAACUUUAUACAAUGAGUAUGGAUAUACACUCGAGGUACAGGACCGAGGCUCAUGAUGAUGUGGUGGCCAGAUUCAAUGAGAGAUUCUUGUUGUCUUUAGGCUCAUGUGACAACUGUUUAGUUGUGGAUGAUGAAUUAAAUGUCUUGCCUAUAUCAGGAGGUAAACAUGUGAAACCAUUGCCACCCAAAGACGAUGACGAGUUGUCUCCAAAACAAAUGGAACUAAGAGAGUUGAAAGAGAGUUUGGCAGAUGUUCAACCGGCAGGAAGCCUUGUCAAUUUGGCCAAAACAAUUAACCAGGCUCAAGCAAUUCUUACCUUCAUUGACGUUAUUGUUGAGAAAACAUUGAGAAGUACAGUGACAUUGACUGCAGGCAGAGGUCGUGGUAAAUCAGCGGCUUUGGGAAUUGCUAUUGCAGCAGCAAUAUCUCAAGGCUAUUCAAAUAUUUUCGUCACAUCACCCUCGCCCGAAAACUUGAAAACUUUGUUUGAAUUUGUCUUUAAAGGCUUUGAUGCUUUGGGGUAUACUGAACAUUUGGAUUACGAUAUUAUUCAAUCGACCAAUCCUUCUUUUAACAAGGCUAUUGUCAGAGUUGACGUAAAAAGAGAACAUAGACAGACUAUUCAGUAUAUCUCACCAACUGAUAACCAUGUUUUAGGACAAGCCGAAUUGUUACUCAUUGAUGAAGCUGCAGCGAUUCCAUUACCAGUUGUGAAAAAGUUGAUGGGUCCAUAUUUGGUGUUUAUGGCCUCGACCAUCAAUGGUUACGAAGGAACCGGAAGAUCAUUGUCAUUGAAAUUGAUCCAGCAAUUACGUAAUGAGCAGCAAAUGAGGAAUGCUCCCGCAGGAACUGAAAUUGUUUCAAGAGACAAGAAGCUGACAGACGUUGGUGGCGGCUCCUUAACCAGAAACUUGAAGGAGGUGGUAUUGGACGAACCAAUUAGGUAUGCUCCCGGUGAUCCAGUUGAGAAAUGGUUGAACAAAUUGUUGUGCCUCGAUGUUUCAUUAUCAAAGAAUGCAAAAUAUGCCACAAAGGGGACUCCACAUCCUUCUCAAUGUAAUUUGUUUUAUGUCAACAGAGACACCUUGUUUUCAUACCACCCAGUCUCUGAGGCGUUUUUACAGAAAAUGAUGGCCCUAUACGUGGCAUCUCAUUACAAGAACUCACCAAACGAUUUGCAAUUGAUGUCUGAUGCUCCAGCACAUCAAUUGUUUGUUUUGUUGCCUCCUAUUGAGGAAGGUGACAAUAAGAUACCGGACCCAUUGUGUGUUGUACAACUUGCGUUGGAAGGUGAGAUAUCAAAGGAGAGUGUAAGGAAAUCUUUAAGCAGAGGACAAAGAGCAGGCGGUGAUUUGAUUCCAUGGUUGAUUUCCCAGCAAUUUCAAGAUGAAGAGUUUGCUUCUUUAUCUGGUGCUAGGGUGGUUAGGAUUGCUACCAAUCCAGAAUAUUCCGGUAUGGGAUAUGGUUCGAGAGCUAUGGAGUUAUUGCAAGACUAUUAUUCAGGUAAAUUCACGGAUAUUAACGAAUCAUCGACAUUAAAUGACACCACCAUGACACGUGUGACCGACGCGGAACUAGCCAAUGCAUCAUUGAAAGAUGAUAUUAAAUUACGAGAAGCUUCGACAUUACCACCAUUGUUGUUGAAACUUUCUGAAAAAGCGCCAUAUUAUCUAGAUUAUCUUGGUGUCUCGUAUGGGUUUACGUCACAAUUGCACAAGUUCUGGAAAAAGGCAGGAUUUACUCCUGUUUACUUGAGACAAACCGCCAAUGAAUUGACAGGAGAACACACGGCGGUUGUAUUGAACGUUUUACCUGAUAGGGAGAAUAAAUGGUUGACCGAGUUUUCCAAGGAUUUCCACAAGAGAUUUUUGCAAUUAUUGUCGUACGAGUUUAAGAAAUUCCAAGCAUCUCAAGCUUUGGGUAUUAUAGAAGCGGCAGAGCAAGGUGAAGGUGAGAAUACAACAAAAGCUUUGACCAAGGAACAACUUGACGAUUUAUUGUCUCCAUUUGACUUGAAAAGAUUGGAUUCAUAUGCUAACAACUUGUUAGACUAUCAUGUGAUUGUUGAUAUGUUGCCACUUAUUGCUCAAUUGUAUUUUUCGAAAAAGACAGGCAACUAUGUCAGCUUGUCAUCUGUGCAAUCAGCCAUUUUAUUGGCAAUCGGCUUACAACAUAAGAAUAUUGAUCAAAUAGCCAGCGAACUCAAUCUAGCUCCCAACCAAGCAAUGGCAAUGUUUGCCAAAAUCAUUAGAAAAUUUUCCACAUAUUUCAGAAGCGUUUUAACAAGGGCCAUUGAAGAGCAAUUGCCAGAAUUGGAGGACGAACAAAUUAAGGAAAUGGAGGGAAAUGUGGAAGAGGAAGUCGACUACAACCAAAUUGAACAGAACUUGCAUGAUGAUUUAGAGGAAGCUGGUGACGAAGCUAUCUCCGAAAUGAGAGAGAAACAGCGUGAAUUGAUCAAUGCUUUGAAUUUGGACAAAUACGCAAUUGCCGAUGACGGUGAAUGGGAUGAGAAAUCAAUGUCUAAAGCUGCCAAGGGUAAAGCUAAUGGGACUGGUGUUGUUGCGGUUAAGAAGGGUAAGAGAAAAUCAGGAGAAAAUGCCAGUGACAUUUAUGAACAAGAAAUGAAAGCAGUUAAAAAGAACAAGAAGGGGAAGAAGUGA